GUUGGCCCCAACUUUCUUCGUAGCCUAAAUAUGUGUUGACGUAGUCAAAUGUCAAAAAUCACUCGACAAGUGGUUGAAGCAACAGUUUCCCAGCAAGUGGUUUUACUUUUUGUUUUUUUCCGCCCAUAAUAACCCAGCAACUUUAAAAAAUUUUUCAUACAGUUUAUCUUGUAAGCGAAGUGGAAACAGAAAAACUAAAGCACAAUGCGCCAACUCCGUGGUAAAGUGAAAGAGACACGCAAGCAAAAGAAGGAGCGCAAACUUGAGAAUUUGGAGAUACAAAAUCAGUUGAAAACCGUUGUAAUACCAGCAGUUUGCGUCUUUGCGCUAAUCAUUGUUGUCUUCGUUUAUUUCAAAACACGCCCAGCUGUCGAAGUGUAAAUUUAGUGCAUAUACGGGAAAUUGUGCAUGUUCAGAAAUGUGUGCCUUCAGUGGCGAAAACGAAAACUAGCCCAACCGUCCUGGCCAGCAUCAGACAGUGAGAAUUUUAAAAGUUACUUUAAGCUGACACACAGUGCUGUGCGCUUACAGAUACUUUGCCAAUUGUUGGAAUUUGAAUAACGCAUAUAUUUUAGGUCUAAAGCGCAAUUUUGGCUAAUAAUUCUAUAUUUCGGCGAAAAAUUUUAAUUUAUUUUUGAGACUAUACAAAAUAUAGCACAUAGUUAUAACCACCAUUUUUA